UUUGUGUGGCUGUCAAUGUUUACAAUUGGGAAUUUACUAAUUUAUUUUCGGAUUAUCUGGGAAAAUGCUUCAAAACGUGUGCCGCGUGUGCGCCAGCAGCACGGAUAACUCGAAAUCACUGAAACUAUUCAACAAUGGUGCUCGAAAAGUGUUGCAACAAAUCAAUUUGCUCACCGGCGUUCUGCUCCAAUGUGAACCAGACCUACCCGACUGGAUGUGCGAAACAUGUCAAUCGGAUCUGAAGAUCGCCAUAUCCUUUCGCGAUCGCUGCCUGAGCAGCCAGAAGAUCUUCGAGGAAUCGGUGGUCAGGAGCGGAGAAGCCGCCUCCCGCUCCUCCGUUCGUCGUAGUGCCCGCUCCCAAAGACAAUGCCAUGAUGAGCCGGUUUCAAAUGGACCACCCAGUCCCCUGGAGAUCAUGAUCAAGCUAGAGAACCUGAGCAAUGCCGACGAGGAGGACGAUGGCAUCGAUCAUCUGGACUCCUGCAAUGAGGCCGACAUGGAGUUGGCCAUCAAGGAGAUGUCCUCGUCUACUGAUGAAGAUGGGCGCACAUCACCGGUUAGGGUAAAAAGAACGCGACGUCGGGGAUCCAAAAAAUGCGGGAAAAGUGAAAAGCGUCCCAAGGUAACGCUCCCCGUUUUCUUUUGCGAUCAGUGCGGGAACAACAUCACGGGAAAAUCCUCCUUCGAUCGUCACCUGCGCAAGCACAGCGGUAUUCGACCCUUUCAGUGCGAGCUGUGCCCUGCCCGCUUCCUUUCCUCUGGCGAGCUGAAAGGACACCAGGUGAUGCACACCGGGGCUCGCAAGUUCCAGUGCCGCUUCUGCGAACGCACCUAUGUCAACUAUAGCGGACGUCAGCGUCACGAGCGGACCCACACAAAUGACCGCCCCUUCGUUUGUGCCCAGUGCGGCAAGAGUUUCACCAACUCGUACAUUCUCAAGAACCACAUGCUCAUCCACACGGGCGAGCGCCUCUUUAGAUGUGAGCUUUGCCAUCGAUCCUUUGCGCGACCCACCCACUUAAAGACUCACUACCGCUCCAACACCCACAAGCACAACGUGGAGAAAGCAAAGACAGAGCCGAGCGAAGUUCAGCUGCCACAAACCCAGCCUGGGGUAAAAUUUGUGGCGGGAAAGCAGCCAGAAGCGGAGGCUGUUGCCUUUACGAUAGAAGUGCCUUUGCCCGCGGAGCAGGAGCAGGAUGAGUCUCUCGGUCUCGCAGCUCUGGGAACACCAUCUCUUAUUUAUAGUACAAAUUAGAUCACUAACGACUCAAACUCAAAAGCCAAAUAUAGUGUAAAUACAAUUUUAU